AUCAUUUUUCUGAUUCGCUUUCGCAAUUCAAUUUGGAUUUGUUCGCGAUUGCAGUAUUUGUAUUAUAAAAUUGUUGGUGUAUUUUGUAUUUAAAGAUGGCUUUAAAAACCCUUGUUGGACAAAAGAUUAUGAAUGAGGUGAUCCGCUAUCGUGGUCCCAAAGGCAAAGAGUCUCAGCGCAUUGAAUGGCGCAUUCUAAUUGUGGACCAGCUAUCCAUGCGGAUGGUUUCAGCAUGCUGCAAGAUGCAUGACAUUUCUGCUGAGGGGAUUACGUUGGUGGAGGAUAUUCACAAGAAGAGAGAACCAUUGUACACCAUGGACGGCAUUUACCUAAUCACACCACAAGAAAAGUCUGUGAAUGCCCUAAUUAACGACUUCUCUGUCGGUAACCGCAUCAUGUAUAAGGCAGCCCAUGUUUUCUUCACCGAAGUGUGUCCUGAGGAGUUAUUCAAUGAAUUGUGCAAGUCGUCAGCCGCUAGGAAAAUCAAAACCUUAAAGGAGAUCAACAUUGCUUUCUUGCCUUACGAAAGUCAGGUAUUCUCUCUGGACUCCCCCGAGACAUUCCAGUGUAUGUACAACCCGGCACUCACACAGACACGCAACGCCAACAUGGAGCGCAUCGCGGAGCAGAUUGCCACCCUGUGCGCCACUCUCGGGGAAUACCCGUCAGUUAGAUAUCGCAGUGACUGGGAGCGCAAUGUGGAGCUAGCUCAGUUGAUACAGCAAAAAUUGGAUGCCUAUAAGGCGGACGAGCCGACGAUGGGCGAGGGUCCGGAGAAGGCGCGGUCGCAGCUGCUGGUGCUGGACCGCGGGUUCGACUGCGUGUCGCCGCUGCUGCACGAGCUCACGCUGCAGGCCAUGGCGUAUGACCUGUUGCCGAUUGAGAAUGAUGUCUACAGAUACGAGGCAUCUCAAGGCCAGAUGAAGGAGGUGCUGCUGGACGAGAAUGACGACCUGUGGCUGGAGCUGCGCCACCAGCACAUCGCCGUCGUCUCCACCUCUGUCACCAAGAACCUCAAGAAGUUCACCGAGUCCAAGCGCAUGGGUGGAGGAGACAAGCAGUCUAUGCGCGAUCUAUCUCAGAUGAUCAAGAAGAUGCCGCAGUACCAGAAGGAACUGUCGAAGUACGCGACGCACCUGCGGCUCGCCGAGGACUGCAUGAAGGCCUACCAGGGCUAUGUUGACAAGCUGUGCAAGGUUGAACAGGACCUUGCCAUGGGAACUGAUGCUGAGGGUGAGAAGAUCAAAGACCACAUGAGGAGUAUUGUGCCGGUGCUUCUGGACCAGAACGUGAAGAACUACGACAAGAUGCGAAUAAUCGCGCUGUACAUAAUGUCGAAGAACGGCAUCUCGGAGGAGAACCUCAACAAGCUGGUGACGCACGCGCAACUCGAGCCGCAGGACAAGCAGGCGCUGCUCAACCUCGCCAACCUUGGACUCAAUGUCGUCGUUGACGGUAACCGGAAGAAACAGUACCAGGUGCCACGCAAGGAGAGAAUCACCGAGCAGACUUACCAGAUGUCGCGGUGGACUCCAGUCAUUAAGGAUAUAAUGGAGGAGGCCAUUGAUGAGAAGCUUGACCAGCGCCACUUCCCGUUCCUGGCGGGCCGCGCUCAGUCGUCCGGAUACCAGGCGCCCACCAGCGUGCGCUACGGGCACUGGCACAAGGACAAGGCGCAACAGACCGUCAAGAACGUGCCGCGUCUUAUUGUAUUCAUCGUUGGUGGUGUAUCAUUCUCCGAGAUCCGCUGCGCGUACGAAGUGACCUCCGCCCUAAAGAACUGGGAGGUCAUCAUCGGCUCAUCCCACAUCCUGACCCCUGACAACUUCCUCUCAGACCUCAGCUCUCUCACCGCCUAAGCACCUGACAGCUAAGUCAUCGAGAUAACAUCCUGUAGAUCAGUGAUGAAAAAGUAUGACCAGUGGCGUAGCUAGGUAACUGAG